GCCCCUCGCUAGCAGACGGCCUCCUGCCAUCCUGAGUCUCCAGCAGCAUCUCCUGCCUGGUGGGCUUCGGAGUCAUGGCAACAGAGGAGAAGAAGCCAGAGACCGAGGCCGCCAGAGCGCAGCCGACCCCCUCGUCAUCGGCCACUCAGAGCAAGCCUACGCCUGUCAAACCCAACUACGCCCUGAAGUUCACCCUGGCUGGCCACACGAAAGCUGUGUCCUCUGUGAAGUUCAGCCCGAACGGGGAGUGGCUGGCGAGUUCGUCUGCCGAUAAACUCAUUAAAAUCUGGGGAGCGUACGAUGGGAAGUUUGAGAAAACCAUAUCUGGUCACAAGCUGGGAAUAUCCGACGUGGCCUGGUCUUCAGACUCGAACCUCCUCGUGUCUGCCUCUGACGACAAAACCCUGAAGAUCUGGGAUGUGAGCUCGGGCAAGUGUCUGAAGACCCUGAAGGGACAUAGCAACUACGUCUUCUGCUGCAACUUCAACCCCCAGUCCAACCUCAUCGUCUCAGGAUCUUUCGAUGAGAGUGUCAGAAUAUGGGACGUGAAAACCGGGAAGUGCCUGAAGACUUUGCCUGCUCACUCGGACCCAGUCUCAGCGGUUCACUUUAACCGGGAUGGAUCCUUGAUAGUCUCAAGCAGCUACGACGGUCUCUGCCGCAUCUGGGACACCGCCUCGGGCCAGUGCCUGAAGACGCUCAUCGACGACGACAACCCCCCGGUGUCCUUCGUGAAGUUCUCCCCGAACGGCAAGUACAUCCUGGCCGCCACGUUGGACAAUACGCUGAAGCUGUGAGACUACAGCAAAGGGAAGUGCCUGAAGACGUACACCGGCCAUAAGAAUGAGAAGUACUGCAUAUUCGCCAACUUCUCCGUCACUGGCGGGAAGUGGAUCGUGUCUGGCUCGGAAGAUAACCUGGUUUACAUCUGGAACCUGCAGACUAAGGAGAUCGUGCAGAAGCUCCAGGGCCACACAGAUGUCGUCAUCUCCACGGCCUGCCACCCGACAGAGAACAUCAUCGCCUCGGCCGCGCUGGAGAACGACAAGACGAUUAAACUCUGGAAGAGCGACUGCUGAGACCGCGAGCCACCCGGGCGCUGACCCGGAUCCGUGGGAAACGGGCCACAGGGCGGGGGUCGGGGCGGGGCCCGCCCCCAGCCGCCUCUGAGAAGGACUUGGCCGAGGGCGGCGUGGGCCUCUGGAGUCCCUGUUGCUGGCGGCAUCUCUAGCCGGCUCCAACACUGGCCAGGAGGGCCCUCUGCACCGUGCCCCAGCCGUCAACGCAGUUUCACGUUUUUUAUUACAGAGGGUAAAGUUCGAUUUAUCACGAGUUGUGUUUUUUCAGUAAAUGUUCUGUACCUUU